CAAAUCAUUCCCGCUUUUGAUCAAGAGCUCGAUUUUCUUUGUGUUUUUCACAUUUUCACCGAUUAAAUUUGUCAUCAAAGCAUUUAUUUUGUAUCAACGGACCCUAAAAUCGAUAAAUUUGAUCUUGACACGAUGCCAAAAGUAAAAUUAACGAAAGUUGUGAAAGUCAGUAGUGAGUCACCUGCACAUUUAGCGUCUAAUUUAUUAUUAUUAGAACCUACAAAAACGACUCAAUGGCGCACAAAAGACCCUUCAGAAGACACUGCGGAAGUUAUUUUACAACUUGAAGGUCCCUCGAAAAUCACAAAUAUCAAUUGUGGGAACUGUUAUUCCGCCAAAAUUGAAAUUCAGGUUGGAUCUUCAGCUGAUAGCGAUAAAUUCGAGACUUUAUUGCCGUCACAAGACUUUAUGAACGAAACAGAAAGUCGAAAUGGAACGAAUUUCAGUAGAGUUAGAACUUUUUUAACAUCAGAUUUUGAUCCAAAAACAUCAAAAGGCGAGACGUGGGAUCUUGUGAAGGUGAUUUGUCGUCAACCGUAUACGAAAAGUGAGACUUUUGGUUUGGCUUUUAUCGCUAUUUACACAGACAAGAAGAAAAUUGUCGAAGAAGAAACGAAAGAAGUUGUCAAGAGUCCCGCGCCGCUUCAAAAAAGCCCUCGAAUGGUUGGAAAAUUCAAGUUACGAGACUCAUCUGAUGAGGAAGUAGCACCAAAAAUGAGUCUUUUGGAACGAUGGAAGAAGGAAAAGACCGAGGAAAAUGUCGUUACGCCGCCGCCGAAGAAGAAAAUUGAAAAAACGAAGCCAAAAGUAACUGAUCGAAAUCGAAUGUCGCUACUUUAUGACUCAUCUUCGUCUGACGAAGAGAAUAAACGUGUCAAGCAUUCGGCGAAAAAGUUAAAAGUUCAAAAGGAAAAUGUUGAAAGUCGAAAGAGGAAAAGUGACGACGAUUCUCCGGCUCCAAAACAAAAGAAAACGAAGAAUUUCAGCGAUUUUCUUGAUGAUGCCAAGCCUUCAAGCAGUUCAAAAGCACCGAAUGUACCUAAAAUAGAGAAGAAAAACGUUGUUGACUCACCAAAACCCGUUAAAACUGAAAAGAAACCAACUCCAGUGAAAAAACCAAAAGUCACAAAACCAUUCAACGAACUUCUUAGCGGCGUACGGAUCGUUAUCAGUGGCAUACAAAACCCCGAACGUGCUGAUAUCCGUCAAAAAGCCUUCGAUAUGGGUGCCAAAUACGCUGCCGAUUGGAAUGACACAUGUACACACUUGAUAUGUGCUUUCAAGAACACCCCCAAAUUCCGCGAAGUCAAGGGAAAAGGAAAAAUUGUCACCAAAGAUUGGAUUGUCAAUGGGCAUCGUUUACGAAAACGUCUUCCAUGGCGACGUUAUGCUUUAGAUGAUGCCGACCGGUUGCUCGAUGAAAGCGAAGAGGAAAUUUUCGAACAAAAACCCGAUGAAGACGCGCCAAAAGAGAAAAAAGAUGACGUUCUUGCCAUGUACGACUUGAAUUACGACGUUCCCGCCACAAAUGACGAUGUCUAUAACCGCAGUACGGACGACGACAAUUCACGUGAUGCUGGAAUCAAGCCAAAAUUGUUCAAAAACAAGGCAUUUUAUGUUCAUGUCAAUGUAGAGGUCGACAAAAGUAUGUACAAACACCUGCAGGAAGUGAUCGGCGAGCAAGACGGACAAAUUGUGACAGAUUUGCACAAAGCUGAUUUUAUUUUGACGGCAGAAAAACUCGAUGGAAGCGCAUUAGGGGCUAAGGGAGACAUCUUAGAUCCCCAAUGGGUGCUGGAAUGCGCCGAAAUGGAAAGUCUCGUACCCGUUGAACGAUUUUCUAUGAAUUCUUAAUACAAAAAAAAAAAAAAAUGAAAAAAAAAUUUGUUAUUGUUUUUUCGUUCUUUGACCUUUUUUUUUGCUGUUUCGUUACCGACCUAAAAGUACUUCAAGUAAAAAACAUGUGGGAGUGCUCAAAUUAAGUAGAACAAUAAAAGUAAGACCAAAUAUUACAAAAUAA